AUGAAGUCUAUUCUGUUAAAACAACGUCAAUUCCAAAGACGAACAUCUGCUCAUUCUUUGAAAACACCUGCACGAGUCGUCGAAGCGCCUAUCAAAGAUGACUACAACACUUAUAGAACUAAAAUAAAUGCAACAGAAAAAGAGUUUGACAAAUUAAAGGAAUCUGCCACCAUUGCCCCACAAAGUGCCAAAAAUGAAGUAAAAAAAGAAGAAAAUGUCGUUCAAAAAACACCAGCAGAAAUAGAGGACGAAAACAGACUUGAAGAAAUUAGAAAAAUUGCACACGAUUUUGAACUCAAAUCCAAACCAUUAACUGUCAACACCCAAUUGGUAAGCCAAAAGUAUUUUGACACACUUCCUUUCAAUAAAAAGACGAACUAUUUCUCAACAACUAUGCCUCAAUACGAUUUGGGUGAUUACUUUGGUGUAUCACAAGAGUCUUUAAUGGUUCUCCAAAGACCACACAGACACUCCAAGCGUCAACACUUCGCCGAAAAAAUUGAAGUCGAUCCAAAAGAGCAAUUAGUCGAUUGGUCCAUAACCCCCUUCGUGAAAAAAGUUGUUCUAUUUUUAAUUGAAAAGUGUAAGGGAUAUGGAGUGACUCAAGAAAUGGUUAUAAUCAGUGUAUUAUGUAACGGAGGUAUAGUACCAGUCAAGAACGCCGGCAGACGGUGUGCCAAAUACAUGCAAAUGGCACAGACCGAUUUAGAAGCGACUGCAAAGAAGAUAGAAAACAUCUAUACAACACAGGCCAAGACACGAGCCACAGCUGAGAAAGUAGUCGCAGUCAAAGAGUUAAGGAAAAGUAUCAAAGAGAUUAAACAAAAACUUUCAUCGCGAAAUUAUCGAUCAGAAAAGACCAAAUAUUUAACAUACUCAACAAUCAAAGAGAAGCAAAACGCGUUUGAAAAAUUGACAGAAGACAUGAUGAAAGAAGAAGAAGAAAGACUCCAAGCUAAAGUUGUGUUAUUAAAGAAAGAAAUGAAUGACUUUAUUGGUGAUAACAGUGACGUUAAAAAAUACACUAAAGAAGAUGUAUGCAAUGUUAUAGGGAUGUACAUGGGGGAUUUGUCUCAAGAAGUCACUGUAAAUGACUUCGACAUCUGUCAACAAGCUCUUAAGCAACAAGAAGAAAUAAAACAGAAGCUUUCUUCUAUAAUGGAGCGCGUCAAAUUCACAAAAGACAUUUUUGUGUCGAAGGAGUUGAUGUCACAGGUCUUCCCCGAUUCUCUACCAGAAAGUUUCAUUCUUGGGGUGCCAAAAUGUUGUGACAAACUCAUUGCGAAACACAAAGAAAUGAUCGAUUGUGAAAAGUAUCAGAGAGGAUUGGCGCCAUUUGUUGAAGCCAAAAAGAAGACAAUGGAUGAAUAUAAAAGUCGUACAAUUCUUCUUCAUUUUAGAACCAAAUUGGCUUCAAAAAAUUUCAUGUAUGAGUGUAGAACAGCCAACGUAAAAGGUGCAAGAUUAACUCAUGUAGGGAUGCCAGAGACUCACCCGAAGAUAAUGGAGGAAUUCUUGUAUAAGAAAUCUACUAUUAUUAGUAAACAAGGUGGGUAUAAUCCAUAUUACUAUGAAACGGCCCUCUUCUGUGCACGUGCUAAUAUCACACGAAAGAUGUUCGACACGUUGAAUCAAAAGAUUGAGACCAUUUACUAUCAGAAUUUUAAUACAGAAGAUAACGUCAAGCUUGGGACAGUCAAAAUCGAUGCAAAUACAGUCGUCAAACAAAUAUUCAAGACUUUCAAUUACAAAGAAAUUAGUGACGCACUCAAUGAAGAAAAUGAUAAAGUCGUGGAGUGGCUCAGAGAGUGCAGAAAACCACUUGCGGAGAAGAGACUUCAAAUGUUGCAAAGAAAGGCUAAGAAGGAGAUGAAACUAAAGAAAAGCGAUGAUUCGAGUGAUAAUAACAAUGAUGAAAACAGUGGUGAUAUCUCUGACUCUUUUAGUGAGUAA